CAUUUCGUAAACAAACGUACUGCGAACAAAACGUGUCGUGGAAAUAAAUUGUAAUUGCGAUUUUGUAUUAAUGAAAAAUUCUUCCAAAAUGCCGGCUGUGGCCAAACAUAGUAGGACAAAGCCUAAAAAAGCAAAACAAGUUUCCAAAAAGCCAUUAAUUCUAUCCAAUCGGAAUAACAAACGUUCCCCCAAGAAACCGACCGGCGAACGUAACGAAAAAGGUAUAAUCUACGUAAAGCAUCUUCCGCAUGGAUUUUUUGAAAGCCAGCUGAGAACUUUCUUCUGCCAGUUUGGCGAUGUAAUCCGCGUACAUGUGGCUCGUUCGAAGAAAACCCUUCGCAGUCGUGGAUAUGCGUACGUUGAAUUCCGUUACCGAGAGGUGGCACAGAUUGCUUCCGAAACAAUGAAUAACUAUUUGAUGUUUGGUAAGCUACUGAAGACGGGACUAUUGCCAGCUGGCGCCAAGCGAAUUCCGCGCAAGUACGAGAAAGCUUAUGAUGCCAAUGGUAACGAAACAACCACGUACAAACUUUGGCUGAAAAAAGAAGUGGCCAAAAGCAAUGCACGGGUUACAAGGACGAAAGUGGUCAACCGUAAUCUGCGUGCGCUAGGUAAACUCAAGAAGUUGAAAACGAAAUAUGCUGAACUGGGAGUUGAGUACAACGUCGACGAAGUCGUUCCGGAUUUUGGUGAGGAUGAUUUAAAGGUUCCAGAGCAUGAUGCUGAAGAGGCCGAAAACCAGGCGAAGAAGGAUAAGAAGAAGGCCAAACAGCAGCAUAAGUUAGAAAAGAUGGACACAAGUGUUCUGAGCGCAGGUACUGAUGAAAUGAGUGCGGAUUCUUCCGAUGAUGACGAUGAAGAUGCCAGCUUUCUUCCUUUGGAAUCUACAGACUGGGACGUUGCUACGACCAAUAAUGAGGACAGCGGUGAUGAGGAUAACAAUCAAGAAAAUCAACCAAACGGAAAACAAACUAAAUUUGCUGCACUAGAGCUUGCCAACAAAACCAAGGCUCGUCUCGAUAAAGAAAAGAAAAGGUCUCAAAAAAGUCAACGACCACUGGUACUGAGGCCUCCUAGUUCAACGGAUACCUCCCCGGAAAAACCAGUAUCGAAGAAAAAGCCAAUAAAAUCAGCAGACGAAUCCCUUUCUCAAACAGAACCGGAAUCGAGUCCGGAGAAAGUGAUGAAAGGACGUAAGAACAAACCUUCGGCACAUACCAGCACUAAAGGCAAAAAAGUCGCUGGUAGCGGCGGAGUGACGAAGAAACCGAAGAGUAAGAAGGAAAAAACGAAGGUACAAAAGAAUGCGACUAGUCCUGUGAAAGGUGCCGCGAAAGCUUUGUUAAAAGAUCCAAGUGUUAAACAAAUUAAAGCAAAGGAUAUUAAGAAGAAGAAGAAGAAGAAUUAAUUUAAGUUUAAUCUAUAAUGUAUUUUUUGAUGUCGACUAUGUAGGGUUGUCGCAAAUGGUUUUGUUGAAAUACCCCAGUGUAAUG